AUUAAUUCGCAUCAAAUUGGCUGCUAAAAGUGAUUGCAGAAUAGUUUUAUUAAACUCAAGCGAUAAAGUAAAAAUAUUUAGUGACGUUUUUGUGGAAAUUCGGGGAAAACUUUCAGCAAAUAGCUUCCUCGUAUAGUAGCUAAGUCUUCACAAGACUACUAAAAUUCUUCCCUGAGGAAUAUGCAAAGCAUGGAUUUAUAUUUGGCGGAAUAUGCUAAAAGCAGCAAGGCCAAGUGCCGGAGCUGCAGGAAGAAGAUUAAGGAGGGCAGCCUGAGAAUGGCGGAAAUGGUCCAGUCAGCCUUCCGUGACGCAAAAGAACCAAACUGGUACCAUCCAACAUGCUUCUUCAAGGAGAAAUCACCAGCCUCCGAGAGCGAUAUCUCCGGCUUCGGGAGCCUCCUAAUAAAAGAUCAGAACUACAUAUUCGAUGAAAUCGCAAAACUUACUCAGCGUGUGCCGUUACAGCAGGACCCAUUAAAAUAUUUUUGUGUGGAAUACUCCAAGUCAUCGCAGGCCAUGUGUAAAGGAUGCAAAACCAGGAUUGCAAAGGCGGUACCCCGCAUCAAGAAAAUUGAGAGAGGCAACGCAUUGUGGUACCAUGUGGACUGCUUUGAAAAAAAUCGUGAGACAUUGAAGUUCUUCACAUCAGGGGAGCAAAUAUCUGGCUUCAAAUCGCUGUCUAAAGAGGAUAUGGCCCUGAUUACGAAGGCUCUUCCAGCAAUGAAGGGAUAUGAAGUCGUACCUGUGGACGAAAGCAAAAAGAGUCUGCAAGAGACACUGCAAAAACAAAAUGAGAAAUUUUUUCAACUCAUUGAUAUAUUAAAGGAGUCAUCCAUUAAUAAAAAUGAACUUGAAGAAAUUUUGACUUUCAAUAAGCAGGACAGGCAAACGGGAAAAGAUGCUUCACUGAAUCUUGUGUGCGACAUCCUAACCUUCGGAGCCCUUGCAAGGUGCGCUGAAUGCAAUGGACAACUGGUGUUUUGUGACACGGGAUAUAAGUGCACAGGACAUCUCUCGGAAUGGCAAAGGUGUCAACACUUUGAGGAACAUCCACCGAGGUUUAAAGCAGAAAUUCCCAUCCACAUUGCAGUCAACUACAACCUGCAGAACUUUGUGACAAAAGUGGAGGAUCGCGUUGUCUGCAAUACAUCAGCUCAAGCAAUAGCAAAUGAUGAGGCUGUUGGGCAAGAAGCUGCUCAUGAAGCCGUUCAUAUUGAACAGCUGAUGAAUAUGUCAGCGAUUGAUCCGGCUUUGAAACUGCAGCAUGUGUCACGCGUGUAUAAGGAAAAUGGAAAGUAUUGGGCAUGUGUACUCACCAAAAUUGAUGUGAACACAAAACAAAACUCCUAUUAUAAAUUCCAACUCCUGGAGGGUGAUAAUCCCGAGCAAUAUUGUUUGUUCCGUGCAUGGGGCCGCAUCGGGACUACAAUUGGCUAUAAAAAAACGUCCUUCUACGCAAAUCUUGAGACUGCCAAGGAGAAGUUCCAGGCGAGAUAUCUCAGCAUGACUGGAAAUAAUUGGGGCAUGAGAGAUACUUUUGUAAAGUACGCCGGAAAGUACUACGAAAUGGAUAUUGAAUGUGAUGACAGCAACACAGACAAACUGUCCAUGGAGUCUACUAUUCCAUCAAAGUUAAAGCCUCAAGUCCAAAAUUUAUUAAAACUUAUAUUUGACAUUGAUUGAAUGAAAAACGUCAUGUCUAAAUAUGAGCUGGAUAUCCAUAAAAUGUCCUUGAGUAAAUUGAGCGAGCACCAAAUUCGUUCAGCCUAUGGUAGCCUUAGGGAACUAUCGAGGCUCAUUGAAGGAGGUGGAAGCACCGGACGAUUUACUGAAGCCGCGAAUCGCUUUUUCACGCUCAUCCCACAUAAUUUCAGCACCCGAGGCCAACCCCUGUUGCAUACAGAGGAGGAGGUCAAUGGGAAAAUCGAGAUGCUGAAUACAUUGCUAAAAAUCAAGUGGGCCUACAAUUUUCUCAAGACCAACUCGGUACCUGACAUGAACGUUUUUGACAACAUUUAUGAGCAACUCAACAUAGAUGUCGAAGUACUCGAAAAAACAUCGGACGAGUUCCUUAUGCUGGCAAAGUACUUCAAAAACAGUCAUGGCACCGAGCACAUUUUGAAUGAAUUGGAGCUUGAGGAAAUCUUCAAGGUGAGGCGGAAUGGAGAAGACGCACGAUACGAACCUUUCAAGAAGUUGCACAAUCGUCGUCUGCUGUGGCACGGCACUAUGUUAGCAAACUAUGCUAGUAUCCUGUCAGACGGACUGAAAAUUGCACCACCCGAAGCUCUUGCCACAGGCUCCACGUACGGACGGGGGAUUUACUUCGCGGAUAUGGUCACAAAAGCAGCUAACUACUGCACAUUAUCUGUCAACCACAUGGGUCUGAUACUCUUGUGUGAAGUUGCGUUGGGUGAUAUGCAGGAUGUUGAUGGGCUAAAUGUGGUCAACGUUCCAGAAGUGAAAGACAGUUUGAGGGUCCGUGGAAGGUAUUUUCCGGAUCCUGUGCAGAGUUUUUUCCGUCCAGAUGGAGUUGAGGUACCUUUGGGACCUGUCCGUGGGGAUUUGGAGGUAGCCACAGGAACCCUCCACAACGAAUAUGU